AUGGAGCCGUUCUGCGCCGCUCUGGUCAGAUCCUGGAGAGGUGGCGAGAGUACUACAAUCACUUGUGUAACGAAGAGUUCUGUCAUCCUCCCAUCCCAACUGUUCCCAGCGUCGAGGGUUGGAACAGGACCCAGACGUUUGGCAAACUUCCGUGACCGUGCCUGUCUGGAAAGGAAAGGAGACAUUGCUGACUGCACUUCGUACAGGCCUAUACGGCUGCUCUGCCAUACGAUGAAGGUUUUUGAGCGUGUACCGGAAGCUCGUCUGAGGAAAAUUGUCAGCGUUUCACUCAACCAGUGCGACUUUGUGAAGGACUGCAGCACUAUAGAUGCUAUCCAUGCUGCCCGUAUCCUCCUGGAGAAACAUCGAGAGAAGAACCGCAGUGUGCUUUUCUCGAUCUCGAGUGGAAAUGUCCAUGAGGUCGCAUAG